AUGGCGGCCAGUUUCCAUAUCCAGCGACUCGCUCUGCUGUGGAAUCCCUGCAGAGGCGGUUGCCAUGAGGAGGAGAGAAGGGUCAGAGCCAAUGACAGAGAGUACAACGAAAAGUUUCAGUAUGCUAGCAACUGCAUCAUGACAUCCAAGUACAACAUCAUCACCUUUCUGCCCGUCAACCUGUUUGAGCAGUUCCAGGAAGUGGCCAACACCUACUUCCUUUUCCUGCUCAUAUUGCAGUUGAUACCUCAGAUCUCCUCUCUCUCCUGGUUCACUACCAUCGUGCCUUUAGCUCUGGUCCUGAGCAUCACUGCAGUAAAGGACGCCACAGACGACUAUUUUCGUCACAAGAGCGACAACCAAGUGAACAACCGUCAGUCUCAGGUUCUCAUCCGUGGCUUGCUUCAAAAUGAAAAGUGGAUGAACGUUCGAGUGGGUGAUAUCAUUAAACUGGAAAACAACCAGUUUGUGGCAGCUGACCUGCUGUUGUUGUCCAGCAGUGAACCUCACGGCCUCUGUUACAUCGAGACAGCCGAGCUGGACGGAGAGACCAACAUGAAGGUUCGUCAGUCUGUUUCAGUGACAUCUGAACUUGGAGACCCAAACAACUUGGCUUCGUUUGAUGGUGAGGUAGUGUGUGAGCCCCCCAACAACAAGCUGGAUCGUUUCUGCGGGACUCUGUACUGGAGAGACAAAAAAUACAACCUGACCAACCAGAACAUGCUGCUACGAGGAUGUGUCCUUCGCAACACUGAGGCCUGCUACGGCCUGGUCAUCUUUGCCGGCCCAGAUACCAAGCUAAUGCAAAACAGCGGUCGCACCAAGUUUAAACGUACGAGCAUCGAUCGUCUGAUGAACACCCUGGUCCUCUGGAUCUUUGGCUUCUUGGUGUGUAUGGGUGUGAUCCUAGCUGUGGGUAAUGCAGUGUGGGAGCGAGAGGUGGGCUCCCUGUUUCAGAGCUACCUGCCCUGGGACCCUCCUGUAGACAACUUUCUGUUCUCAGCUUUCCUCUCCUUCUGGUCCUACGUCAUCAUUCUCAACACCGUGGUGCCUAUCUCGCUAUAUGUCAGCGUUGAGGUGAUCAGGCUGGGUCACAGCUACUUCAUCAACUGGGACCAGCAGAUGUUCUGCUCACAGUGUAACACAGCAGCUGAGGCCAGGACCACCACUCUGAACGAGGAGCUGGGCCAGGUUGAAUACAUCUUCAGUGACAAAACUGGAACUCUCACUCAGAACAUCAUGAGCUUCAAUAAGUGCUCUAUCAAUGGACAAACUUAUGGUGAAGCGACAGACCCAUUGGGACCUCAAAAGAGACUGGACUUUACCCCCUUCAACCCCCUGGCAGACCCAGACUUCUGUUUCUAUGACGACACCCUCCUGGAAUCAGUGAAAGUGGGAGACUUGCACACUCACGAGUUUUUCCGCCUGCUCUCCCUCUGCCACACUGUCAUGAGUGAGGAGAAGAGUGAGGAGCUGGUUUACAAGGCCCAGUCUCCAGAUGAGGGUGCUCUAGUGACAGCAGCUCGAAACUUUGGCUUUGUGUUUCGCUACCGAACGCCUGGGACAAUCACCACCACAGAGAUGGGACGAACAGUCACCUACACUCUGCUCGCUAUACUGGAUUUCAACAACAUACGGAAGAGGAUGUCUGUUAUAGUGCGUAACCCAGAGGGCAGGAUCCGGCUGUACUGUAAAGGAGCUGACACCGUGUUGUUGGAGAGACUCCACCCUUGCAACCAGGAACUGAUGAAUAUCACCUCAGACCACCUCAAUGAGUAUGGAGCAGAUGGACUGCGGACCCUGGCUCUGGCCUACAGGGACCUGACAGAGGAUGAGUGGGAGACUUGGUCAGAGAGCCACCGCUGCGCUGACAAGGCCACUGACUGCAGAGAGGACCAUCUGGCAGCUGCUUAUGAGCAGAUAGAACAAGACAUGAUGCUGCUAGGUGCCACAGCUAUAGAGGACAAGCUACAGGAAGGCGUCCCCGAGACCAUUGCUAUCCUCUCCCUGUCUAACAUCAAGAUCUGGGUUCUCACUGGAGACAAACAGGAGACAGCUGUCAAUAUAGGUUACUCCUGUAAGAUGCUGACAGAUGAUAUGACUGAGGUGUUCAUCAUCAGUGGACACACUGUCCAGAGUGUACGGCAGGAACUCAGGAGGGCAAGGGAAAGGAUGAUUGACCUGUCACGAAGCAGAGAUGGAGUGAAGGAGGAUAGGAUGGAGGGAUGGGGUGAGGCCUGUUUCAUGGGUAACGGGUUCAGAGAAAGACAAGGUGGAGAUGCUUCUCUACCACCACCUCCCCCCAACCUCAUGGAAAACAUCUCUGGAGAGUUUGCCCUCGUAAUCAACGGUCACAGUCUGGCCCACGCACUGGAAGCAGACAUGGAGACGGAGUUUGUGUCAACGGCAUGCGCAUGCAAAGCAGUGAUCUGCUGUAGAGUCACCCCGCUGCAAAAAGCUCAGGUGGUAGAGCUCAUCAAGAAACACAAGAAGGCUGUCACACUAGCCAUAGGAGAUGGCGCUAACGACGUUAGCAUGAUCAAGAGUGCACAUAUUGGAGUUGGUAUUUCAGGUCAGGAGGGGAUCCAGGCGGUGCUGUCCAGUGACUACUCCUUCUCCCAGUUCCGCUUCCUGCAGCGCCUUUUGCUGGUGCAUGGCCGCUGGUCCUACUUACGCAUGUGCCGUUUCCUCUGCUACUUCUUCUACAAGAACUUUGCUUUCACCAUGGUGCACUUCUGGUUCGGCUUCUUCUGUGGAUUCUCUGCCCAGACGGUGUAUGAUCAGUACUUCAUCACACUCUACAACAUUGUCUACACUUCCCUCCCUGUGCUGGCCAUGGGGAUAUUUGACCAGGAUGUCCCUGAGCAGAGAAGUCUGGAGUAUCCUAAGCUGUAUGAACCUGGGCAGCUAAACCUCCUCUUCAACAAGAGAGAGUUCUUCAUAUGUAUCGCCCAGGGCAUCUACACAUCAGUGGUGCUGUUUUUUGUUCCCUAUGCUGUCCUGUUAGAUGCCACUCAGAGCACUGGAGAGCCCCUCGCUGACUACCAGACCUUCGCUGUCACCACAGCAACAGCCCUGGUUAUUGUGGUCAGUGUACAGAUCGCUCUUGACACAGGCUUCUGGACACUUAUCAACCACGUGUUUGUGUGGGGCUCUGUGGGCUCCUACUUUACCAUCAUGUUCGCUCUGCACAGUCACACUCUCUUUGGGAUCUUCCCCAAUCAGUUCCACUUUGUAGGCAGUGCCCAGAGCACAUUAUUGCAGCCAGUCGUGUGGUUAACUAUUGCACUGGCAACAGCAAUAUGCAUAGUUCCAGUUUUGGCAUUCCGCUUCCUCAAGUUGGACCUGAAACCUCAGCUCUCAGACACGGUGCGCUACACUCAGCUGGUGCGGCAGAAGAAGCGGAAGCCAGUAGGUCGCAGCAUGGGAGGUGCCUGGCGUGGCGCAGGGAGCGUGUCAGAAGGCCGUCUCGGCGCUCGCGGCAGUUCUCGGAGAUCAGGCUAUGCUUUUGCCCACCAAGAGGGAUUUGGGGAGCUGAUCACCUCAGGGAAGAACAUGAGGCUCUCGUCGCUGGCUCUGGCUACUUUUGCCUCCAGACACAGCUCUAGCUGGAUCGACACCCUCCGCAGGAAGAAACAUACUCACACUCCUCCCAGUGCAUCAGGGGAAUGCAGCCCAGCGCCCAGUUGUGUCUCUGGGUCAGUUCCUCAGCUCUCAAACUCCUCGUCUGUUCUGGGUGGCUCACAAGAUACACCCAUUGAGGAAGAAACAGGCACAUCACCAGCCCAAAAUACACACACUGCUCCCACCUCAUCCACUCAAACCCCACCAGUUUUAGCAGCAGCCUCAGAAACAGUUGCACCUCAGAGUCCAGCCCAAGCCCCAAAUGCUAGCACCCUCACCUCUGCAGCAGUGAAGGCCCAUGGGGGAGACUCACCUGGAGGUUGGACGCUCACUCUGGGGACUGUGCAGGAAGCUCUGUUCGGUUGGAGAGGUAUUACAGCUCGCACCACUGCAUCCAGCAGCCCAGGCCCACCCUGUGUUGCCAAGGAAACAAGAGAGAUUGAGUGAAAUAUCCAGUAGAAAUAGAAGAGUUACUUGUUCACUAUCAGAUUUUCGCAUACACAGAGGAUGUGUUGAGAGUACUAAGCGCAUAUGGACUCAAGGACGUGUGAUUAAAACACAGCUACAUUAUUUUUUUUAAAACAAAAAAUAUACCCACAGCACUCCUCUCUCUGUUUCCCAUCAUUAAAACAAAAUCAAAAUCAGAGGAGGAAGUGGCACAUCUUAAUGACAUGGACUCUGCCAACUUCAAAUUGGGAUUUAAUGGUGAGAUAAUUGUUCCCACAGCGUAUGAUGACUGUUUUCAUGAAUGACUUAAAAAAUCUGAUGAUUUAUAUCACUGAAUAACAGCAGCAGGUGCAGAAACAGAUGCCAAGUUAACUUAGUUUUAAAUGUCUUACAUUGUUUCCAAAUAACAAUUAUUUCACGAAUAACAAUUCGCUUUACUCACAAGCAAGCAUACACAGUCACACAUCAAUUCUGUAACUCAACAAUGAAAUGAAUGAAUGAGCAGCAUACAAACUUUCAACCAGGGAAGUUCAGUUUUUUCUGUCAAAAAAUAUCCUCAAGUCUCUGUGUUCACUAUAGUUCUCAGUGAGAACGGUACUUUUAGUUACAGAACACUGCAGGACUUUCCCCCUUUUCUCUCAUCGAUCAGUUUCUUACCUCUACUCCACGUUUUCUUCUUUUGCAUCAUAUUGAUGUGUUUUAUAAUGGCCCACUUAAGUUGCACCUUAAAGCUCUCAGUGUUGUCCCUCCUAUUUGCAAGUUAGGCCUUUUUUUGGUCUGACAAAGGGCCAGAUCUUGUUAUUGAUUGUACCUGGGAUGCAAUGUCUCAUACCACUGACUGACUGCCACUGGCUUACUCUGCAAAGGAACCUUGUGAAAAUCAAAAUGGCAGUUAUGGCCUUUUAAAGGCAGUUUGUCGAAUUCUCACCCAAACACGUUGUCAAGAUGUGUGUUAACGGUCAUGCUGACUCAUAUACAUACACUUCAGUAAAGUGCUUUAACAGUUUAUUUGUCAAUGAAUGAAGGUAAGGUGGUUGGGGAUAAUUAUGCCUUAACGAUGCCAAAAAGUUGGUCUUCCGAGCUCUUUCUGGUUCCAUUAAGUUCUGCUUUAUAGAAGAAUAUAACAUCAGAUCUGCGUUGAAAAUGCUCCUGACCGUGACAGGGGUGAGAUCAUCCUUAUGUAGGGUAACCUGAGGAACAAUAUAAACCUGUUCUCAGAUCUGUCCCUGUACCACAGACAUCAACAAAGCAGCUAAAAAAACAGCAGAAUAUUGACUGAGUGUAAAAAUGAGGCAAAACCUUUUGGAAAUGAAUGUACUGUACAGUAUGAAUUGUUUUAGGAGGGGUCCAGCUCCUAGUUGGAAUAAUGAGCUAUUGAGUGUUGGUCAAUAAACAUUUCAUCUCUCUUUCA